AUGGAUUCUUCUGGUAUCUCCUUAAGAUACGUGUUGGACGACCAGUACACCAGUUCAUCGGGUGCUAAGUUCCCUGUGAAGUGGUCGCCUCCUGAAGUCUUUAACUUCUGCAAAUACAGCAGCAAGUCUGACGUCUGGUCCUUCGGUGUGUUGAUGUGGGAAGCCUUCACUGAGGGCCGUAUGCCGUUUGAACAGAGUCACAACCAUGAGGUCGUUACACUGAUAACCCAGGGUCACCGCCUCUACAGGCCCAAAAUGGCCACACCUGCCAUCUAUGACAUCAUGCAGCGCUGUUGGCAUGAGAGACCGGAGGAGCGCCCGUCUUUCUCUAAGAUCUGUAUAAUGAUCUCCGACGCUCUGGACAGUGACACCGCUCCCCCGAACUGACCAACUGACCAAUCAGCUGUUUUCACCAUUCGCGCCAUAUGCGGCGUGUGCCAUGUUGGCCCCGAACUCCUGCUCCUCGACCAUUUCUGUGGUUCUUGAAGGUGUUAUCUAAUUUAUAGAAAGCGCUAUAGAAAGGACGACAACAUGGAGAACUCGGUGUAAAGGUGCUAAAACUGACACUCACGUUUGUUUAAUCCAAUCAAGUCACUUCAGAUCUGCUCAACCAGAACAACUCUGGGACGGCAGCUCACGUUGUCUUAAGAAGCCUUUUAAAGUUUGUUGCACAAACACCUGUAUGAACUAACGGCAAUACAGAAAAUGUGUAAAAGGCUCUCAUGGUGGACACGUGAGCUUAGGAAGCAUCUGCCUGCUUGUCUGUGUAGCUGAAUGCAUCCGGUCUGCCUCCCAGUCGGACAUGGGGCUUUGGUCAGAGAUCUGUCUGUGACAAAUGGAUGAAAGUGAGCAGACUAUGAACACACUAUGAAGCUUCACUUUCAUCCCAGUAAAGACUCAGCUGUGUGUUCCUGAGACAUUAAAGGAAUCUCGCCAAGUCAGGAUAUCAGUUUUUGUUUUUGUUUCGUUUGUUGUUUAAUACCAACGUCUGACAAUUUUUUGCUGGAGCAGCACAAAUCUGUCAUUACAUCCUGCACAUUAAUGUUAAAGAGACUGACUGUCAUUUAACUUUUGGUUAUAUUUCCAUGAUAAAGAACAUUUUCAGUCUGUUUGUCAGGUGUGGUGUUCCCUGUGAACAUGUCUGGUCUUACAGUGGGCACACAUUAGAUUAGACAGAGUUUCUCUACCUUAUGUUCAUGUCUCCUUGCUCCUCGUGUGUUCUGGGAAUUAGCAGGAAGAACAUCUCAAUUCCCUCAUUGCUGUUCAGAGGCGCGAGGAGGUUUUUCUGAAACUGAAACAUCCUUUAUUGGAAAUCUGCUGAUCUGAUACUGAGCUGCAACUGAUGGUUAUUUUCAUUUUCAAUUAAUCUGUCGAUUAUUUUCUCGAUUAAUUGACUAGUUGUUUGGUCUAAAAUUGUCA